AUGAAGCAAAUAGUGCAAAAUAUGGCAGCUUUUGAUCGAGCAGAGCAUCUGAUCAAAUUAUUCGAACAUUUUACUUGCAUUGAUGAAGUGACAGGAAGCAAGUGGGCAAGUAGACGGGUGGACAGGUCUAGCUGCAGAAAAUAUUUAAGUGGGUGUGAAAAACGAAAGAGAAAGAGGGAGAUUGAAGAAAAAGAUAAAAACUUACCUAAAAUUAGUAGCUAUUUGAAAAAUAAAGACUUAAAUAAAGAAAAUUUGAGUGAACAGUGCUCCAAAAGUGAAGAUUUUAACCUUUCGAAAAGUAUAUCUGAAUUACCAGAUGCAGCACCCAACACUAGUGACUAUCUAAAUUCAGAAACACCGCAGCAAGGUACUAGUAAAUUAUAUUUUUGCAUGGAAAAAAUAAUAUCAUCGCCAUAUGUUACCGAUAAAGGUAAUUUUAUAGAUCUCAAUGAUCAAGUGAAAAGGUUCAUAAUUGAAAACGGACAUUGUAGACCUAAGGGCCCUUUCUUAAAAAAUAGCGACAAUAGAUCUUUUUCAGAGAAACAUUAUUAUAUUAUUUCCAAGUCUGGCGUGAAACUUGAACGUACAUGGCUAUCAUAUUCUUUAAAACUUCAAAAGGCAUAUUGUGAACCGUGCUGGUUAUUCGCUAAUCGUGCAUGUAGGCAACUACAAAAUGUUUGGAUUGAGGGCUUUGAUGACUGGAAACAUAUUGUAGAAGCCAUACAAAGGCACGAGAUAUCGAAAAUUCAUCUUGAUUCUUGCAUUACAUAUCAGCAGUGGCGGUUACAUGGAACACUAGAUGAAAGGCAUGAAUCUGCGAUCAAAAAAGAAAAAUCUUUUUGGCGUCAAGUACUUUUGAGGCUUCUUGAUGUUACCUUGACUCUUUCAACCUGUAAUUUAGCAUUUCGUGGGCAUAGAGAAAAUGUAGAUUCAAGUUCCAAGGGAAAACUUUUUGAGUAUUAUUGA